CCUUCAGAUCAGGGCCUCCGUCCCACACAAAUUGGCCGGCUUUUUUAGAAGAGCAAAGAUCGCGAGAUCGCGAAGACUCAUUUCUCAUUCGAAGUUAGUUGUUAGCGGACUUGGAUGUUGGGGUCGUGCUCUUCAUCCUGCCCUUCUCCUCUCCAACUUUCGGUUGAAUGAAGAAUUCUUAAAGGAAGCCAUCCUACCAAAGCCACCGCUUUAUCUAUCUGUAACCAUGGGAGGAGAUCUGGGCGAAAAGCCAUGGACGACGUCUAGUACUAGGAAUCUCAAUGUCUUUUUACUAUCCGUGAUUCUGGGAUUGUGUCUCUACAUUUUUGAGACCCGUCAAAGUGGCAGCAGCGGCAGCCAUGAAUGUCUCCGUUCGUAUGGAGCGUACCAUGGUCACGUCUACUCCAACACGGCCAGCGGCACGGCAGGACCGGCCAGGUGUCUCAUCGAGUCGAAAUGGAUGAAGGUACAACAGCACACGGUUCGAUUGCCGGGCACGGACAAGCUGAUUGACGAUUGGCUCUGGAUUGACUACCAUGAUCGCAUCAAUGUCUUGGUAGAAGCACCUCGCAAAGUUACCGAUCGAGAACCUCAGUUUCUCAUCUUUGAACAAUCCAAAUACGCGUUGGAAGGACGCAUGUCCAAAGCCAUUAUUGGAGGAAUCAUUGAACCGGGAGAGGAACCCGAAACAGCCGCCGCCCGAGAAGUAAAAGAAGAAAUGGGAAUGACCUGCCAGAAAUUGCAUUUUUUGGGACGGUUUCGUACCGAUGUCAACCGUGGGAUGGGAUGGGUCAAUUCCUUUCUAGCCAUGCAAUGCAAGGAAGCAAAGAAGGCUGGCAACGACAAAACUGAAAAGGAAGAAGAGGUGGGUGUGGCGGACACGGAAAAGCAAAAACUCAAAACAAUCGGUCUGCGGGAACUUCGCAGAGCGGCUACGGCGGGAGAAUUCCUCGAAGUGCAGUGGUCGGCAACGGUAGCCAUGGCCUUGUUGCACCCCGAACUGGGCCAAUAGUCAGACUGAAGCGAACCGAAUCCAGCAGUGGAGGACCGGUGCCUUUCAAUUCCGGCAGAAAAUGGCGCCAACCAAUCAGCAAACCACUCGGAGGCACAGAACACUUCGAAGUAAAAAACUCGACGUAAAAAAAAACUCUCGAGCCCCACAAAAACCAACAAAACGAGCCAGCUGCAACCAAAUUCACCCACCAACGCAGUCCGCGGGGAAUUCGUGGGCAAAAGGAGGUGACAUGGGGUGCUUACCAGGACGCCGCGGAAGGUCGCAUCUUUCGUUGCUUUGCUGCAGUUGUAAAUUGGUAGUAUUAUUAGAUUGUGUCUAGCCGAAGU